AUGGAUGAUAUCGAAGAAGUAUUCAUGAAAUGGAAUUACAUCGACAAGAAGCCUUAUGAUAUAUGCCACAUGAUUGAAGAGGCUAUCCUAGUUGCUGGAAUCAAAUAUCCUCAUCAAUUUGACAAGCGCAAAAACAGGAUAAUCAGGAUGAUAUCCAACCCCAGUACCUUCGAUGACGAUGAUGAUGAUGAUGAUGAUGACGACACUAGUACUCUUGAGGAAGAAGACUGUGUCGUUGGUGAUGAAGAUGAAGUGACCAAAGCUGAGGAAGAAACACAGCAGAGCCAGAAGCAUAUUACAAAGCCACUCAAAAUAAGAAUGACUUACUCGAAAACUGUUCAAGUUGCUCCUCUGGAAAACCACAACAAUUGCAAUGCAAUUACUCAAGAGUUGAAGAAAACACCCGAGACGCAUGACUUGGAUGGUCAUAAAGGAGGAACACAACAACAGUCUCAUAAUACUACUACUAUGGGAUCAACAAAGAGGAUGUCCACCAAACAUGUACAAGUUGCUCCUCCUCGUGUAAAACUUCUUUCUGAUUUUUCUUUCGAAAAGGAGCUUGAUGGACACAAACAACUAAAGAAACAGAGUCACAAAGGUUUCAAGAAGAUGGAGACUGACCGGAUUCAACACAAAAGAAUUGAUAGUGACGCAGAAAAGAAGACCCCUACCCAAUGCAGAACGGAAUCAACAGCAAGAAAGCAGUGCACCAGUGGUUUAACCAAGACCAUGCCAGCGUCAUUGAAGAAGAUGAAUGUGGCCACCGAGCGAGUACAAGCCCCUCCUCAUCAACAGAGCAACAGCAGUGCAAUUACAAGACCAAUACAUAGCUCUGCACCAAUGCAAAAAGAAACACAAAGCAUCAAUGAAAUAAAGAAAUUUGAAUCAAGUAAGAGGAAAUUUGAGGAAAGGUUAGCAGAGCAAAAGACAGCCAAGAGACGGAUCGUAUUGGUUGACUACCACGAUAUGCCUAAACUUGCUAAUGACCCUCCUGCUACUAGACGCUGCUGGAAUAGGAAUAGGAAGAGGUUUUGA